AUGGAGUCAGAGAAUGAUACACAAACCUCAAAAUUUCUUCUUUUAGGAAUUUCAGAAGAUCCCAGAUUGCAAUCUAUCUUCUUUUGGCUAUUCCUGUCUAUGUACCUGGUCACUGUAGUUGGGAACCUGCUCAUUAUCCUGGCCACAGUCUCAGACUCCCACCUUCAUACUCCCAUGUACUUCUUCCUCUCCAACCUGUCCUUUGCUGACAUCUGUUUCACCACAACUAGCAUUCCAAAGAUGCUGGUGAACAUUCAGACACACAGCAAGGUGAUAACAUAUGAAGGCUGCAUCACUCAAGUAUACUUUUUCAUACUCUUUGGAGUUUUGGACAACUUCCUCCUGGCUGUGAUGGCUUAUGACCGCUUUGUGGCCAUCUGUCACCCCCUGCACUACACAGUCAUUAUGAACCAACGGCUCUGUGGAUUUCUGGUUCUUGUGUCCUGGGUUACAACUGCCCUGAAUUCAUUGUUACAAAGUUCAAUGGCAUUGAGGCUGUCCUUCUGUACAGACUUGGAAAUACCACACUUUGUCUGUGAGCUUAAUCAACUAGUUCUACUUGCCUGUUCUAAUACUUUCCCUAAUGAUAUGGUGAUGUAUUUUGCAGCUGUGUUGCUGGGUGGUGGACCCCUUGCUGGGAUCCUUUACUCUUACUCUAAGAUUGUUUCCUCCAUCGGUAAAAUCUCGUCAGCUCAGGGUAAGUACAAAGCAUUUUCCACCUGUGCAUCUCACCUCUCAGUUGUUUCCUUAUUUUACUGUACACUCCUGGGAGUGUACCUUAGUUCUUCCGUGACUCAAAACUCACAUUCAACUGCAAGAGCCUCAGUGAUGUACAGUGUGGUCACCCCAAUGCUGAACCCCUUCAUCUACAGCCUGAGGAAUAAGGACCUAGUGGGGGCUCUGAGAAAACUCUUCUGA